AUGGAACCAAAUGGGCAUCAGAUAGGCGAAAACGUACGGAUUAUGGAACCGAACUUCAGAACAUGUGUUUUGCACAUGAUCCCGUCAUCAAUUGAUGAGAAUCAUUCGAAACAGUUGAUUCAAGAUCUUUAUUAUUCUAUUAAGACAUCUUCCAAGGAUAGUGUGAGUAAAGUUUUGGAAUAUUAUAGAAAGCUUCUGAUAAGAAAUUCUAAUGAUAUUGAAAGCUGGAAACAUCUUGAAAUGUUUGCUGGUAUUAUGUGCCAGCUCUCUUCCCCAGAAGAGAAAGAAAAGUAUUUAAUGCAAUGUCUAUCAUUGAUUGACAAGAGCUACCAAAGCGAUGAACGUGAGGGUGUCUUUUUAAGGCCUGAUAUAAUGAGUUCACAAAGGAAAUCAAAUGGUAGUGUGUAUGCAGAAUCGUUUGAAAACUUCGAAAAAAUUUCUGAUCGGAGGUCUAUCAUGUCAUAUGGAGGAAACGUUUGGCAAGCAACCUCUUCGGAUACAACUUUGAAAAGCUUAUCUGAUCCAUAUUUCAGUACAAUGGUACCGAAAACUGAUAUUAUACAGAGUAUACCCUAUUUAUUACUAGGGACUCCUUCAACCUUAUUCGAGCUUAAAGAUAAAACUUAUUACAUACCCAGCAAUAUACCUAAUGGAGAAAGUCAGCAACUACACAAUAUAAUAGAGGCAGGUCUACUUUAUUUGAACCUUAGGAUUAAAGUAGAACUUUUAAAAAAAAGUGCAGUCUCAGGAACGCUAAAGGUUUCUUUCCUAACAUUCAUUGAAAGCAGAUUGAGAGAAUAUAACCUUUUCGUAAACAAAUUUUCUUCACACUUACAUCCCAAUGAUCCUCUCUGCUUUGUGUAUCAACAUAUCUGCCCGGAAAUAUUAAAAUUGAGAACAUGUCUUUCAUAUGUUGAAUUACUAGACAAACUUCGAGGGGAGCAACUUCUAACAAUAUUCCAAAGUCAAAAGAGAAAUGGCGAUCCAAUUUUGGAAAAAUUCUCAUCAGAUGCUUUUGCUUACCUGUCACAGUCCUAUUUUGAGAAACUUUGUAAUUGGGUUCUCAGUGGAAGACUUGAUGCAGAUAACUCGGAUUUCUUUGUUCAAAAAACCAAGUCAACGGAAGAGCUCGAUUUUACAUUUAUACGGGAAAAGAUACCAACAUUUAUUCCGUCAUCGUGCGCCCGGAAAAUUUAUAUCAUUGGAAAAUCUUUACGUUUCUUAGAAAUAUACUGCAAUGAAUUAGAGUGGGUUGGAAAUCUCUCCAACAAAUAUGCUGUUCAAUAUCAACUCCUUGAUUUAUCCACAAUUGAUCAAAGGUUUAUUGAUAUCAUCAACCAACAAUAUGAGGAAAUUAAUGUUCGUGUAAAUGAAGUUUUAAAAUCAAAAUUCUACUAUUUUGAGACCAUCGAACUCUUGAAGGAUAUUCUUUUGAUGGGAAAAAGUGACUUCAUAUAUGCUAUAAUCCAAAGCUCAAAAAGCCUUUUUAACCAACCUUCACAACUGUUAGAGAGUCAUUAUCUUACCAGAUGUUUACAGGUUGCUGUUCAACAGUCAUCUAUGCGCAAUAGAUUAAAUAAGUCUGAUCACAAUACCUUAAUAAAUCGUCUUGAUGCAAGAUUAUUGGAGCUUGCACACGGAUCCUCGGGUUGGGAUGUUUUUACUUUAGAUUAUCUUAUCGACCAACCGCUCUCAAGUGUGAUUAAUAUUAACCAACAUGGGAGUAGACGAGAGUAUCUGAGAAUUUUCAACUUUUUGUGGAGAAUUAAAAGAAAUGGAUACCUUUACGAGCAAGAAUGGCAAAGGAAUUCAUCUUUAAUGAAACUAUUCCGCAAAUUGAAUUCUAGGCUCCCAUUUUUGAAAGAUUUGCUAAAUAGAAUGUCGAUGAUUAACGUCUUGAAGAAUCAAAUUCAAUCGUUCACGAAGAAAAUAGAAAUUUACUGCUUUGAGAAUAUUAUCGAUAAGGAAUACAGUCAGUUGAUCACCAAUCUUCAUCAAAAGGAAUCAGAUAAUAUAAAGUCAAUGAAAGUAAAAGUGCUUAAAAAUGGAGUCAAGGUUUCAAGCGGCAUUCUAAAGCCAGAUCUGCGAUACCUUAAGAGUUUAAAGGAGAUAACCGCCGAUGAUAUGAAUGAUAUCUCUUCCUAUGAUAUUGAAGAUCUUCAAAGAAUCCAUUCUACAUUUUUAGCUAAUAUAUUACAACAUCCCUUGUUAUACUCUGGAACAGGUGCUGCUAUCGGAACAUAUACUAAUCAAUUAUAUCCGACUUCUUUGGUUUUAUUAAUGGAUAUGAGUUACGAUUACAUAAGAAACUACUCUGAAUUAAACAAUAUACUUCAUGAGAUCUGCAUUCAGUUGAACUUAGACCCCAACCAACAUCUGUACGAUUCUAUUGGAAGAUUUAAUACUGUAUCAAAAAAAUUAAUCGAACAGUGGAAGGAUUUUGAAAAUGAAUGCAAUGCUUACAUCAAGGAUUUGAAAUCGGAUCAAAGCACUGAAUUAAAUAAGUUAAGUAGAGUUCUUCAUUGA